AUGAUCAUCUGUGAUAUAGGAGUGGCCAUUGUUUGUUUCAUCACGAACGAGUCGAUUAUUGCUUACCUUGCCAUCGGCAAGGGCUGCUACGCAUUUGCCGUCAACAAGACGCUGGUAAGCCACCUGUGGAGUUGUGAGGGCUUUGCAGAGGACACCCGCGUGGUGGUAGAGGGCCCCAGCGGCUUCUUGGCAGUCUCUUCUGGUCGAAGCAUCUAUGUGCUGGAUGCUCAUUCUCCGGCUAAGCCGCGAAUAUCCUGGACCGAUGCCCAUCAGGAUACAAUCUAUUCCAUGCAUUUCGACACCCAGACAGGUAUCAUUUUCAGUUCGGGCAAGGACUGCUGCCUCAAAGCCUGGGAGCUCAAUGGCGAAGAGCUGUUAUUGAUAGGCUCGCGGCCAGAAGCACACAGGGACUUCGUGGUUGCGCUGCAGUUUCUCUCUGGUAGCAGGCUUCUCAUCACGGCAGGGCUGGAUGGUCUUGUGCGCGCGUGGCGCGUGGGGACUACGGGUGCGUUUGCACUGCUUGCUACGUCUACUGAAGUUCAUGCAGAAGGCAUUACAGGCCUCUGUACGAACAUGAUCGAGAACUUGUCGGUAAGCGCAGGAAGAGAUGGAACAUUGCGGCUGUGGCGCUACACGCCUGGGCUCCUUCGCCUCCUCGAUAGCGAGGUGGAGAUGCAUGCAGGGUGGGCAAGAUGCCUGGAAUUCGACGCGGCCUCUGGCCUGGUGGUCAGCGCUGGGGACGACGGAGCCAUCCAAGUGUUCUGCUUCAAGGAUGGCAAGUUCAGCCGCCUUGCUACUACCCCCAGCGCGCAUGCUGGUGGCAUUCUCGCGCUGCAGUUCUGCGCCAAGACUAUGUGCUUGUUGACAGCUGAUGAGCAUGGCAUCAUCAAGAUUUGGGAGCUCAGUUCUGCGACCGGUGAGCUUGUGCUCAAGGCCAGCAUCGAUGGGGCUCACGACGGAGGAGCCGUGUCACACAUGCAGUUUUGCUCGCAGCGAAAGUUGCUCCUGAGUGCUGGUUCUGACAACUGGUUGCGGCUAUGGCUCUGGUCUGGAGAUGCCCUGCAAGCUGUGGCAUCUGUACCAGUGGAAGGUGAAAGCAUCUUGGCACUUCAGCUCGAUGCUUCGGCUGGACGCGGUUACUCCGCAGAUGUCGAUGGUGGAAUCAGUGUUUGGAAGAUUGAAGUCGGUGCUGGGCAGCUGAAGCGUGUCGCCAAAAAGGCGAAUGCCCACAGCGGACGAAUUCUGGCCUUCACUUUUGAUGAAGCCUCCAAGCUGUUGCUGACUGCAGGUGUGGACAAGGCCAUUUGUGUUUGGCGACUGGCUGUGGACCAGCUUGUGAUGGUCUGUCGGUCUCAUCAGGCACUCCAAACUGGCGUCCUGGCGCUCGCAUAUGAUGCUGUCACAGGAAUCGCGCUUUCGGCGGGCAUGUCUGGCGAGAUCAACGCCUGGCGUCACAGUGGGGACUCCCUCAAGCCGCUGCCGCUGGAUACAGUCGAGGAGGGUGAAGGUCUCUUGGUUCUCCGCUUUGACGCUGCCUCGAAGGUUGUCCUGGGCGGGGGCAUGGACGGCUCCGUCCGCGCAUGGCACUUGGAGCUUGCGAGCCUAACGGCUGCUGGCCGGCCGGUGCGAGCGCACCAGGGCUGGACCCGGAUGCUGCACUACGACGUGGAGAGCGACCUGCUGGUUAGCUGCGGAGAUGAUGGCCAUGUGAAGGUCUGGAAGCGCCAUGGCGUUGUUUUGGCACCCAUCGGCCAAGCCAGAGACGCCCAUCCGGAUGGCGUGCGAGGUGUGCUGGUAGAUGGCCGGCAGCAUCUGGUCUUGAGCUGCGGCGACAAUGGACUGGUCAAGGCAUUUCACCAGGAGGAUUGGGGACUCCAAGCGUGCCCUGAGGGCUCGCAUGAGCAUGGCUCGCCAGUCUUCAAUCUCCAGUACUUCGUGAAGUCGCGGCUGCUGAUGAGCUGCGGCAUGGACGGUCGUCUGCGGGCCUGGCAGACAGACUCUACGACCGGGCACCUGCGCUUGUUGGCAGAGGACGCGAAGGAGAAGCUGCAGCCGACGCUGGCCAUGAAGUUCGAUCCCAAGAGCGGAAAUAUCUUCACAUCUGGCAUCGAUGGCGCCAUUCACGUCUGGAGGCUGGACGCUGGAAGGAUCUGUGAGGUCACUAGUGCAGCUGACGCUCAUGAAGGUUCGAUUCGCACGAUGCACCUGGAUCGAUCUGGCAAGCUGCUGUUCACGGCCGGGGAAGAUGGCUGUCUCAGAGCCUGGCAGUUGAAGGAAGACUGCCUGCACAAGAUCGCUGAACUGGAGGAAGCAGACGCCAGUGGGUUCCAGGUCAUAGCUGUCCACAGCCCAACCAAGCGCCUCGUGGCAGCGAGCUCCGAUCGGGGACUCAGUGUCUGGGAGCUCCAAGGCAAUACUUUCAGACUUCUCCACAAAGUCGAGGAGGCGCACGUGAACGUAAUCAACUGCCUUCAGUUCGACGGCGAGACGAACACUGUAUUCACCGGCUGUCACUCCGUCCGUGUCUGGAGUGUUGCGGGCUCGCUGAAGCAACUUCUGAACGUAGUGGAGCCCUUUGGAAAGUCCACUUCCAUCACGGCCAUUCGCUACCGGCAAAAGGGAGGUCUCCUGUUCGGCGGCGGGUCCACAGGCUCGAUCUCAGUCUGGCACUACUCGGAGCCCGAGCUGGUCUUACUUUUCACAGUGCAGAACGCACAUUUUCGAGGGAUGGUCUCCAUCGUGUUUUGCGCAGAACAUGGACGCUUGUACACGGGUGGCAACGACAAGCUGUUGAAGUCGUGGAAUCUCCUGGGUGGCCUAUCAGUCCUUGGCGUCGCCAUGGAGUCUGGGACGCAGCGCCCUUUUUCAGCUUGCCCUGCCCCUGGCCCGAAAGGCUAA